CUUUCUGAUUGCGUAACAGGUUUCUGUAUGUGGCUCGGAGGACGACAUCUUUGCGGUAGUUGCUGCAUUCGUUCGCUACCUCGAGGACCGUGCAAAUCGCGCCCAGGGCUUGUAGUCCCAAGUUCUUUCCUAUUCCCCAGUUAUACUGCUGCUAGGAGUCUCGCGGUGACAUGUCGUUAAGUUCGGUGUGUCGUCACUGAUGUAAGUAUGCUAGGGCUAUGCCAUUCUCCACCGACACAAGCUGGCCAGAAAACUUACUCAACAUCUUCGACAUUACCCGAAUCUCGUUAUCUGAGCCUUACAACAAACCCCUCCACUAUGCUCUCACUGACGGGUCCUUCACCUUCUUCCUUUCGCUGCCAGCCACCCCCGAUGAAAUUCGUCCGUGUGACGCCGUACUCUAUUGUCUUAUUACUCAACAGCAGAAGCCGAUUCUCAUUAUGGAGAUGAAAGAUGACAGGUCGGACUUGCGCCUGAAGGCGGACGCCCAGAUGCGCCAACGGUACGAUGAGCUGCUUCGCCAUUACCCCAUUUCGAGCCUGCAUGGGUUGAGCCUGCUGGGUACUUCCCUUCGCAUUUAUUGCGGUCGCGGGGACACGGGCGAUAUUACACCUUGCUUUGUUGACCACCCCAGCGCAGAUUGUGUUUUUUCCACCCGACUUCUUUGAGGGGGAGUGGUAUUCAGACAUCUUGUCUCCGGCUGGAUUCAAUAGGAUGCAGGGAAUUGUUGCGAUGCCAACGCCGAAGUCGCCAAUAGAGGAGCAAUGAGGUGGGGGCUUUUGGGAUGGCC